UAUAGUCGCUAAUGACUGAACAAAAGAAAUUUAUUGAAAAUUACAGAGAAGAAGUCUCGGUACGCGCAAACUACCAAUAGAAAGUGGCAUUAUUUUCCUUCGCACUGCCUUCUGGCUUCUUUAAGCCAAUCAGAUGUGACUGUUGAUCACACAACCAAUCAGAAUAGGUCUAACCGGUGUGCCUAUCAUCCGAGGGGAAGCAGCAGUGCAGCUAGGCUGCGGGGAAUAGCCGACAUGAAUUCACUGGAACAGGCAGAAGACCUGAAGGCCUUUGAGAGAAGACUGACCGAGUAUGUGUCCUGUUUACAACCUGCUACAGGCAGGUGGAGAAUGAUCCUGAUCUUUGUGUCUGUGUGUACGGCCACUGGGGCUUGGAACUGGCUAAUAGAUCCUGACACUCAAAAGGUCUCCUUCUUUUCAUCACUAUGGAAUCAUCCCUUCUUCACAAUCAGUUGCAUCACCCUUAUAGCCCUCUUCUUUGCUGGGAUACACAAACGGGUUGUGGCACCAUCAAUUAUUGCUGCUCGGUGUCGAACAGUUUUAGCAGAAUACAACAUGUCCUGUGAUGACACGGGUAAACUAAUUCUCAAACCUCGACCAAACAUUCAGUAGCCACUGGCCUAUGUGGGCUCUCCGGACACCAUGGUGUUUUUCUGGUCUCUCAGUGACACAGUGACCACUGGGUGGUCAGACUUGUUGUAAUGGGAAUACAUUUGCAGGACAUAAGGCAAAAAAAAAGAAGUGAUGGGGGCUUUUUUAUUAACAGUGUUGAUGUAGCAAUUGAUGCUGCUGAUCUGCUCACACACUCCAACUGACCUGUUUUAUCCCUGAUGUGUGUCUUCAGACUUGUUCAGAUUUGUUUCUUAUGCCCAUUGUAUAUUUUAUCGUAAUGUUUAUAUUUUUAAAAUGAUUUACCAAAUAAAUACUCUAUGCGUAAA